AAAAAAGCCUGUUGUAGCUUAACUUUAAUUAAAAAUGAAUUCUUCGUAUUGGAAGAACUGUAUAGUGCCCCAGUGUAAAAGUACAACUCUAAAAACGCCAAACAAAUUAUUUAUUUAUGUUCCUCAGAAUGAACAAAUACGAAAAAAGUGGCUAAAACUUGCAAAGAGGGUUGAUUUUAAUAGUUUAUCAACAAUCUCAAGAAUGUAUUUUUGUGAAGAUCAUUUCGAUUUGCCAAAUGAUAUGGAAAAUUAUAUCGAGUAUAUUGUUAUGGGAAAAGUAUCAAAAGUACGUAUGAAACCAGGUUGUGCUCCAAGUAAAUUUGAAUGUCAAGAAGAUGGACGAAAACGACCAUGCAGCAGUACAGAACAGUCGGAUACAUUAAAAGAAAAAAGAAUGAUGGUAAUGGCAGAGGGUCUGAAUAAACCAGAAGAAAGUUGUACACCAAGUUCAUCUUUCAAAGAUACUUCUAAUAAAAGUUCAGAUGGACCAAAUGUGCCAGAAAUUUUUUGUGAAAUGAAAUCAAGAGACGAGACAUUAUCACCUUUGAAACCGUCACUCAUAUCUGUUGCAACAUCCCCAUCAAAUGCUGAAACUAUUUUAAAAUCAAGUCCUACUGUGUCCGACCUAAGAAAAAUUAAUGGAAAUAUAUUGAUUGAAGAAAAGCACUCUGACAGUCAGAAAACUUCUUCUAACUGUAAUGAAUUAAUUGCAGAAAGCAGAAAAACAGAAACAAUCGAGACCAUAUUAAAUACAUUUAGAAAAAUUGAGAAAAAGCCUCAAUUGUAUAUUGGUGUUCCACAAAAUUGUUACUACUUAAUUGAUAUAAGGAAAGAUGGGAAUAAUAUUCCCAAUUCAUUAUUCUGUUUAAAUAAAAAAGAAAAUAAUAUAAUGGAGGACCAUGAACCAAUUAAAAAGGAAAUACAAGAAGAAAAUGUUACAACAAAACACGAAGGGAUAGAUUUGAAUGAAGAGUUUUCCAUGGAUAAACAUAAAACAGUUAAAGUUGAGAAUCAAUUAAAUGCAGAAGUUAUAGUAAAGGAGGAAAUAUUUGAUGAAAAUGUUUUUGAUCAUCAAUCAAUUCAAAAUGAAGACAAGAAUACUUCAUCUGACGCUUCUGAUAAAAAUUUUGCUGAUCAAAGCACUUUAAUUGUACAUAAACGAAUUCAUAGCGAAGAAAAAUCUUUUUCAUGUGCAAUUUGUGGUAAAACCUUUACUGUAAAACAUGAUUUAAUUCGACAUGAACGAAUCCAUACUGGAGAAAAACGUUUUUCAUGUACCAUUUGUGAUAAAGCAUUUAAUUUCAAACACAAUUUAAUUAUACAUGAACGAACUCAUAGUGGCGAAAAACCUUUUUCCUGUGGAGUUUGUGAAAAAUCUUUUACUCAGAAACUCAGUUUUGAUAAUCAUAAACGGACUCAUACUGGAAAAAAAGGUUUUUCGUGUACAAUUUGUGAUAAAGCAUUUACUUCCAACCACAAUUUAAUUGUACAUGAACGAAUUCAUAGUGGUGAAAAACCUUUUUUCUGUGAAUUUUGUGAUAAAUCAUUUACUCAGAAAAACAGUUUAGAUAUUCAUAAACGGGCUCAUACAGGAGAAAAACCUUUUUCUUGUGACGUUUGUGGUAAAUCAUUUACACAGCAAAACAGUUUAGAUUAUCAUAAACGGGCUCAUACAGGAGAAAAACCAUUUUCCUGUAACAUUUGCGAUAAAUCAUUUAUUCAGAAAAACGGUUUAGAUAAUCAUAAACGGGCUCAUACUGGCGAAAACCUUUUUUUCUGUGAAAUAUGUAAUAAAGUAUUUACUUACAAACAGAAUUUACUUAGACAUGAACGAAAUCAUAGUGGAAGAAAACCUUUUUCCUGUGACGUUUGUGAUAAAACAUUUACUAUGCGAGAACAUUUAAUUAUACACAAACGAAUUCAUAGUGGAGAAAAACCUUUCUCCUGUGACGUUUGUGAUAAAUCAUUUACUACGCGAAGCAUUUUAAUUACACACAAGCGAACCCAUAGUGGAAAAAAACCUUACUCCUGUGAGGUUUGUGAUAAAUCUUUUAAUCAGAAAAAUAAUUUAGAUAUUCAUAAACGGAUUCAUACUGGAGAAAAACCUUUUUCCUGUGAAAUAUGCGAUAAAUCGUUUACUCAGAAAAUCAGUUUAGAUAAUCAUAAACGGACUCAUACUCAAGAAAAACUAUUUUCCUGUAAAAUUUGCGAUAAAUCAUUUACUCAUAAAAACCGUUUAGAUAAUCAUAAACGGACUCAUACUGGAGAAAAACAUUUUUCCUGUGAAAUUUGUGAUAAAGUAUUUACUUACAAACACAAUUUAGUUUUACAUGAACGAAUGCAUAGUGGAAGAAAACUUUUUUCCUGUGACGUUUGUGACAAAUCAUUUACUAUUCGAGACAAUUUGAUUACACACAAACGAAUUCAUAGUGGAGAAAAACCAUUUUCCUGUGACGUUUGUGAUAAAUCGUUCACUCAGAAAAACAAUUUAGAUAAUCAUAAACGGACUCAUACUGGGGAAAAACCCUUUUCCUGUGAAGUUUGUGAUAAAUCGUUUACCCAGAAAAACAGUUUAGAUAUUCAUGAACAGACUCAUACUGGAGAAAAACGUUUUUUAAUUAAAAAUUUACUCGCCGAACCAAUUUAAUUGAUCGUAAACGAAACUUAUACUAAUAAAA